UUGCCCCAGGAUAAGUUUUUUCGAUUUAGUCCUACCAAAAGUAUGCGUUAAUCGUUUAACGUAGUGCCUCGUAGGUUUUAUUGCACGGUUCACCAACAUUCCGGACCGGUCCACUGUUUGCCUGGCAGUGACCAUUGAUUGACUCCAAGCAAACAAUGCUGUCGCGCGCGUUCGUCGUGGUCGCUCGACCUCGCGGAGUGAUGAUGAAGCGAAUGUUCUCCGUAGCAGAGUCCAAUGCACCUACCGACGCUCCGAAGCUGGUGCUCCGCGAACUGAAGGAGAUUCCCCGUGAUAUGCGCCGGAAAUUGCGCCAACAAGCGGAGGCUGCCAACGAAGGCUCGACGAUCAAGACCAGCCGCACUCCUGUGUCCAGAGUAGCCCUGCGACUCUUCCUGCUUACCUCAGGCGCAGGCAUUGCAGGUUGGAACUUCUACCUUGAGGAAAGCGUCCGCGCCACCGUUCGCGAGACCGUUCACAGCACUUUCCUGGGGACUGCCUACGAUUGGCUCGUGGUCCAGAUCAAGGAAAUAUGCCGCCCUUUCACGGAACCUUCCCGCGACAAACUUCUCCCCGAUUGGCCCAUGCCUGGAUAUGGCAUCCCCGAAGGUUUCCCGCCUCUGCCGACGCUAGUCCUAGCCGUCGAAGACGUGUUGCUCCAUUCCGAAUGGGAUCGCAAAUACGGAUGGCGACAUGCCAAGCGGCCUCAUGUGGACGAAUUCAUGGAGACGCUGUCUCGCCAUUAUGAAAUCGUGCUGUAUUCCAGCGAAUCGCAAGGACUGGUCGAAGAAGUGCUGGCCAAGUUGAACCAAAAGGGCUGCGCAUUCCACUACUUGUUUCGUGACGCCACACAUUUCAUCAACAACGCCCACGUCAAGGACUUGGCGCCCAUGAACCGAGACAUCAAGCGCAUCAUUCUCAUCGACACGAAGCCCGAGAACUUUCAGCUGCAGCCUGAAAACGCCAUCUGCAUCCCGCCCUACACGGACGGUCAGGACCGGUCCGACCGCCAGCUCAAGGACCUGAUCCCGUUCCUUGUGGCCGUGGCCGAGGGCAAAGUGCAGGACGUGCCCAAGGUCCUCGCCGACUUCCGCGACUCGGACGGCGUCGUCCGCGACGUCCCAUCCAAGUACAACGCCAAGGUGCAUGCUUUGGAUGAACGCAAGCGCCAGGCCGAAGCGCGCGGCCUCGGCGGGUUUGUGCGCGGUCGGCUGCAUUCCAGUCGCCCCCCGACUGCGCUCAAGCCACUCAAGUGAUCAAGACGAUGAACCAAGUCGGGAGAUAAAUUAGCCCCAAGUUAACUCCAUGACAAAUCCAGAUACUGCACAAUGUCCUACAAAGGUACACGUGGGGACGAUAUUCAGCAUGCUUCAUUCGUACCUCGACGAACGCCUGGUGCGAUCCGUGGGGAAGGUCCAAAUCCUUGGCGUACUCGCGCAACGACUGGCGAAUCUUGUCCAGUUUGUUCAUCUACAUAUAUAUAUAUCAAGAGAUAUCGUACAAUCGUGGCAUUCGGUACUCGGACCUUUUUGAACCACGGGUCCUUCA